GCUUCCACCCUCCAUCUGAACUCCUCUUCAGAUAGCAGAUAUUGACUGGUUUUCUGAGCAGCAGUGCAGAUAUGAAGGUGGCGAUUGCGGUCUUGUGUCUGAUGUGGCUGUGCUCGUGUGAGAGCCGCAGGCUGGGUCGCUGUGAUGUUGUCCGCAUCUUCAAGAAUGAGGGACUUGAUGGAUUUGAGGGAUUCUCACUUGGCAACUACGUGUGCAUGGCCUACUGGGAAAGCAAGUUUAAGACCCACAGAGUGCGUUCAGCUGAUGUUGGAAAAGACUAUGGGAUCUUCCAGAUUAACAGUUUCAAAUGGUGCGAAGAUGGCACUCCAGGUGGAAAGAACCAAUGCAAAGUUCCCUGUUCAGAUUUGCUUCAGGAUGACCUGAAGGCUUCAGUUAAAUGUGCAAAGCUCAUUGUGAAAACCGAAGGACUGAAAUCAUGGGACACCUGGGAUAGUUACUGUAAGGGGCGUAAGAUGUCACGCUGGGUGAAAGGUUGUGAGGAGCACUAAUAAAGCCUUGAUUGCUCUAUCUAAUUAUCUAUAAUGCUUUCAGAUUAUGUACUAAUGCUUUUAAACUCUUGGUUGAUGUGACUUUUAAAACUAAAGACUUUGUCAUUAUUACCAUUUGUGACCUUGAUCUUGAGAUGUGUAUUAAAACAUCUUCCAAAAUUGUUAAUCAUUUGUGCUUUGCAGUGCUUUUCAGUCUCACAUUUGGCUAAAGCUUAUGCAGCAGCAAAUUAUGACAGAUUUGUUUGAUACUAGUAGAUAGUAGCAGAGGGCUGCUUUUAUUAAAAAUGGAAUAAUCAGUAAACACAAAUUGAUUGAACAGUACUUUUAAUAUUGUACUGGUCUCCCUCAAUGUCUAUGCCCAUUGUGUUUUAUAUGCAAUUUCAGGUGAAUUAACUACAACUAUAUGAACACAUGCAUAUCACUGUAAAAAAAAAAUGUAAUAAAAAAUAAAGGCAAAAUUUACA